AUGAAAUAAAAUUUUUGCCCUGAUUUGCAUGUUAUGGUCCCUGAUAUGGAUCUACAUAUAUGUGUUUGUAAGAGUUUGUUUUAAAUUUAGCUUAUGCUGAAAUUUGUAAGGAUGUGCCUGAAGUAGAUAUAUUAGUUGCUUAGAACGGAACUUAAUAUAUAUGCCACCCUAGAUUCUAACCAUUUGCUCCAGGAACACCAACUAUAGAUUUCUUUGGUUCAAUAAAUUGUGGGUAUGAAGAAGGAGUUCAAAUGGUAAUAGAGUAGUUAUCUGAUUAUCAUCUUAAAUUUUAUUGCAAAUGUGAGUAAAUUAGACUAUUAGAAUAGUUAUUGAAGGUGAAAAUUACAAAAAUUGUUUGGCGACUGAAAUAGUAAAUGGCUAUCAAAGAUGCGCAUAUUGUAAAGCACCUUUUGUUGGAGAGUCCUGUCUGAAAUUAACAUAAGGGUUUUAUGAUUGGAGAUAUUUUAAUCCCCCUAAAAGUAAAUAAUCACUUUUUAUUUAAUAGAAUGCGAAAGUAUUACUUGCAUAGAAUGUGAUAAUCCAUCUUCAUGUACCAAAUGUGCUCCUGGUUAUGGUUCUACAACUCCAGCAAAUACUUGUGAUAAAUGUAUAUGAUUUUAUAUAUAUUUACAGGGUUGGAUUCUACACCUCCUUGUAAAGAAGGAACAUAUCUAGAAACAGUGGAUAAAUGCUUUUGUAUAUAUUUAAAUAAUUACUUAAUAGUUUGUCCUGAAGGUUGUUUAAGUUGUAGAAAAAGGUCAGCAAGUACUUAACCAUCUGUAACUUGUGAUGUUUGUGAUUCUCGUUACUUUAAAGUAAAAUGUAGACAAGAUGAUCCAGAUUGUUACUUUUGUUUUAUAGGAACUGUUUGUGACUUUGAUAGAUAAUAAAUACUUACAGAUUACACAACAUUAAAUGCAUUAGGAUAAUAUCAAUACGUUAUAUCAUGUACUUAAUGCGAUUUAGGAUUUUUUUAUUCUGAAGAAAAGAAGAAAUGUGAAUAUAAUAUUCAAUAAUAUUUUGAGAUUCUGAGAAUAUUCAGAGUUAUUGUUUAAUUUAUGACCCAAUUAUAAAAAAAUGUAUGAGUUGUAAACCUGAUAAAAUAUUAUAUUAUGGGAGCUGUUCAAAUCCAUGGUGUAUUCCAGAUUGCAAAACCUGUUCAAUUCUAGAUCCAAAUUUUUGUACAACUUGUGAUUCCUCUCUAGAAAAAGGAGGAGUUAUCAAAGAGAAAGGUAUUUGUUCGUGCAAAUAAAACUUUGGUUUGAAAAAUGAUGUUUGUGAACCAUGUUCUGAUGGUUAUUGUUAAGAAUGUGAACAAGAUGAUUUUUAUUCAUGUACAUCAUGUGCUCUUGGAACAAAUAGAAUAUUAGUUAAUAAAUAAUGUAUUUGUUAACCUGGAUCAUUUGAACCUGAAGAUGGUGGUUUAAUAUGUAUUGGUAAAUUUAUUAUAUUAUUAAUUAAGUAUGUGAUUGGUCUUGUUAAACAUGUUUUGGUCCAACAAAUUAUGAAUGUACUUAAUGUCCAGAUGAAAUUAUUUCUAAUAGAAUUCAAGUAGGCAAUUCUUGUCCUUGUAAAUUUGGAUAUUCAGAUUAUGCAAUCUAAGAAUAAAGAUGUGGAAGUAUUUAUUUAUCAUUAAAUAUAUUCAGAAUGUCAUCCAAGAUGUUAAACAUGUUUUUAAGCAGAAGAUGAUACUAUAAAUUAAUAUUGUCUAACAUGUAUACCUGGAUAAAAUCGUAUGGUUAAUGAUAAUUUCAAUUGUGAUUGUAUAGAAAAUUAUGGUGAUAUUAAUGGAACUAAAGAUAUUUGUUUUAGUAUUUUAAUUAAUAAAUUAUAUAUUUAUAGUUUGUCAUUAUACUUGUGGAAAUUGUGAUGAUUUUGGUUCUAAUAAUUGUACUUAUUGUUCAGAUAGUUCAUUUAGAUAUUUAACAACUUCACGAGAAUGUUUAUGUAAAACAUCAUAUUAUGAUGAUGGAACAGAUAAUAUUGAAUGUUCAAGUAAUAUUAAAUAAUAUUAUUAGAAUGUCAUUAUUCAUGUUUAACAUGUGCUAAUAGUACUGAGUCUAACUCAUGUAUAGAAUGUCCUUCAACUAGAAUACCUAGUGAUUCAUCAGCAAUUUAAUUUGAAUGUCCUUGUUUAUCUUCACAUUAUUAUGAUGAUGGAUUAUCACCAACUUGUAUAGAAUGUGAUGUAUCUUGUUAAACUUGUUUUGGUCCUCUUUCAUCUAAUUGUUUAACAUGUGAUCCAAUCUAUAGAUAACUUGAUUUAUCAUCUUGUAUAUGUCCAAUUGGAUAUUAUGAUGUUGGAUAAUUAGAAUGUGAAAGUAAUUCUAUUUAAAAAUAUUAUAAGAAUGUCAUUACUCUUGUUUUUAAUGUUUUGAUAAUACUGCUGAAGGUUGUAUUGCAUGUUCAAUUGAUCUUCAUCUUAGAGUUGUAAAAGGAAAUACUUGUAAAUGUAUUGAUGGAUAUUAUGAAGAAUCAGGAACAGCUAAAUGCAAAAGUAAUUACUUUAAUUAUAUAUCUAUUAGAAUGUUCAUAUAAAUGUGAAACUUGUGUGGAUUAACCUGAAAAAUGUUUAAGUUGUCCUUUCAAUUCUUUACGUAUACUUGAUAUAGAUAAAGGUUGUUAUUGUGCAGGAGAAUAUUAUGAAAAAGAAAAUGAAAUAUUUUGUCAAAGUAAUAUUAUUUUAUAUUAAAGGAUGUCAUUUCAAAUGCAAAACUUGCGAUGCAUUUAGUGAAUCAUCAUGUCUUUCAUGUGAUUUAAUAGCAUUUAGAGAACUUAAACUUAAAUAAUGUAAAUGUUAACCACAUUAUUUUGAAAUGGAAGUUUAAGAAUGUGCAAGUAAUCAUUUAACUCAAAAUUAGUUUGUAGUGCUUAUUGCUAUGAAUGUAUUAAUAAUUUUGAUAAUUGUACUUCAUGUUAAGAUGAUAGAUAUUUGGUUGGAAGUACAUGUAAAUGUAGUUCUAAGUUUGAAGGAGCUUAGAUAAGUACAUUUGAAUUUAAUGGAUAGGUUUAAUGUUAAAGUAAAUCUUUGAAUAAUUAUUAGAAUGCCAUUAUUCUUGUGGAAAAUGUGGAGGAGUAGAAGAAAAUGAUUGUAUAACUUGUAUAGACACUGAUCAAAGGUAUUAAGUAGGAAACACAUGUGUUUGUAAAGAAGGAUAUUUUGAUGCAGGAUUACCUGUCUGUUAAAGUAUUCAUCAAUUUUAUUUAAUAGAAUGCAGUUACAAAUGUAAAGGAUGUAUGAAAUAAUCUGAAAUAUGUACUUCUUGUUAAGAUAAUACCCUAAGAUAAUUGGUUUCAGGUUUCAAUACAUGCCAAUGUAUCUAAAGAUAUUAUGAUGACGGAUAAAAUGAAGUCUGUUAAAGUAUUUAUUUUAUUUAAAUAUUCUAAGAAUGUCAUUAUUCAUGUCUUAGAUGCAAUGAUAUUGACACAAAAUGUGAGUUAUGCUCAAUUGAAUCAAAUAGAAUUUAUAAUGAUCAAUUAUUUACUUGCGAUUGUGGUGUUGGAUAUUAUGAUACUGGUGUUGAAAUCUGUUAAAAAUGUCAUUACUCUUGUUUUAGUUGUAAUUCUGGAGAUUCUAAUUCUUGUAAUUCAUGUGUUGAUUCAAUGAUUUCAAAUAGAGUAUUUUAUAAUAAUAGUUGUAAAUGUCUAUUUGGAUAUUUUGAUGAUGGUUAAUCAAUAAAAUGUUAAAAAUGUGAUAUUUAAUGUUUAAGUUGUAUUAAUCAAUCUUACUAAUGUUAAUCAUGUCCAUAAACAAGAAAAAUAGAAAGUAAUUGCAAAUGCCAAAAAGGAUAUUAUGAUGUAGGUUUAUAACUUUGUUUAAAAUGUAAUUCAAAUUGCUUUACAUGUUAAUCCACAUCAAAUAAUUGUACAUCUUGUGAUUCUGAUUAAUUUAGAGAACUUAAUUCAAUAACUAAAACUUGUGAUUGUUAAAUUGGUUAUCUUGAAAUUAAUGGAAUCUGUGAGUAAUGUCAUUCAAGUUGUAAAGCAUGUUCGCAAUCUUUAAAUUUAUGUGCUUCUUGUGGUUAAUUUCGAUAUUUACAGAACAAUGAUUGCAUUUGUAUUGAUGGAAUGUAUGAAUCGAUUGUAGAUAAAUAAUGUAAAUUAUGUAAUAAGAGUUGUUUAACUUGUGCUUAUUCAGAUAUCUAUUGUUUAACAUGUUCAAUUGAUAAUUUUAGAAUAUUUAAAUCUGGAAAUAAAUGCGAAUGUAAAUAAGGAUAUUACGAAAAUCCAAUUACAUAAUAAUGUGAAGAAUGUGCAAAAUCUUGUUUAACUUGUUCAAUUACAUACGAUAACUGUUUAUCAUGUGAUACAAGUCUGAAUUAGUCUAUGAUUAACAACAAAUGCUUAUGUUCAUAAUCUUAUUAUUUUGAUUCUUUGACUAAAUCAUGUUAAUGUAAUAUGUUAUAUUAUAUAAUUAUUUAGAAUGUCACAUUACUUGUUUAGAGUGUUAAAAUAAUAGUGAAUGCACAUCAUGUAGAUAAACAACUAGACAUUUAGAUGAAGAUUAAAAGAAAUGUUUAUGUAAUGAUGGAUAUUAUGAAACCAAUUAAUCAAAUUGUUAAUGUAUUUAAUUAUUAUAAAUUAUUAGAAUGUCAUUUAUCAUGUGAAACCUGUGUAACUAUCAAUACUAAUUGUUUAAGUUGUAUGAGUAUAUACUAAAGAACAUUAAAAAAUAAUAAAUGUCUAUGUAUUGAUGGAUAUUAUGAUGCAGGAAUAGAAUUAUGUUAAAAAUGUAAUAAUACUUGUAAGACAUGUCAAAAUUCUGCUUCAACUUGCCUAUCUUGUUAUGAAAUAGAAUAAAAUAGAUAUUAAUUAGGUGACAAAUGUUUAUGUAAAUCUGGAUAUUUUGAGUUAAACACAAAUAUAUGUUCAAGUAAUCUAUGUUUAUUUAUAUUUUAGAAUGUUCAAAUGAAUGUUUAACAUGUUAAGGCUAAGCUGAUUAUUGUACAAGUUGUGAUAUCAAUUCUAAAAGAGUUGAUUAAUCAAUUAUCCAUAAAUGUCCAUGUAUAAUUGGAUUUUAUCAAGAUCAAAAUUAGAUAUGUUAAAGUAAGUAUCUAUAACUAUAUUUUUAGAAUGUCAUAACAAAUGUUAAACUUGUAUAAAUUAGAGUGAUUAAUGUUUAAGUUGUAAGUUUGAAUUAAAUUCAAAUAGAAAUUCUUUAUCUGAUUAAUGUAAUUGUAAAGAAGGCUAUUUUGAUGAUGGAAUCUAAUUAUAAUGUUAAAAAUGCAAUCUUAAAUGUAAAACUUGUUUAAAUGAUUCAAUUAAUUGUGUAAUUUGUUCAAAUUCAAUACGAAUAAAUCCACCUACCUGUAAUUGCAUGGAUGGAUAUUAUGAAGAUGAAUAAUUCACUUGUUAAAGUACUUUUUAUUUUUAAUUAAGUUUGUGCUUAUUAAUGCAGUACUUGUGCAAUAUCACCUUAAAAUUGUUUAACUUGUAAACCAGAAAGAAUCGGGAAUGAUUGUAAAUGUACUGAUGGAUACUUUGAAUUCGGAUNUGUUGAUUCAAUGACUUCAAAUAGAGUAUUUUAUAAUAAUAGUUGUAAAUGUCUGUUUGGAUAUUUUGAUGAUGGUUAAUCAAUAAAAUGUUAAAAAUGCGAUAUUUAAUGUUUAAGUUGUAUUAACCAAUCUUACGAAUGUUAAUCGUGUCCAUAAACAAGAAAAAUAGAAAGUAAUUGCAAAUGCCAACAGGGAUAUUAUGAUGUAGGUUUAUAACUUUGUUUAAAAUGUAAUUCAAAUUGCUUUACAUGUUAAUCCAUAUCAAAUAAUUGUACAUCUUGUGAUUCUGAUUAAUUUAGAGAACUUAAUUCAAUAACUUAAACUUGUGAUUGUUAAAUUGGUUAUCUUGAAAUUAAUGGAAUCUGUGAGUAAUGUCGUUCAAGUUGUAAAACAUGUUCGUAAUCGUUAAAUUUAUGUACUUCUUGUGUUUAAUUUCGAUAUUUAAAGAAUAACGAAUGCUUUUGUAAUGAUGGAAUGUAUGAAUCGAUUGUAGAUAAAUAAUGUAAAUUAUGUAAUAAGAGUUGUUUAACUUGUGCUUAUUCAGAUAUCUAUUGUUUAACAUGUUCAAUUGAUAAUUUUAGAAUAUUUAAAUCUGGAAAUAAAUGCGAAUGUAAAUAAGGAUAUUACGAAAAUCCAAUUACAUAAUAAUGUGAAGAAUGUGCAAAAUCUUGUUUAACUUGUUCAAUUACAUACGAUAACUGUUUAUCAUGUGAUACAAGUCUGAAUUAGUCUAUGAUUAACAACAAAUGCUUAUGUUCAUAAUCUUAUUAUUUUGAUUCUUUGACUAAAUCAUGUUAAUGUAAUAUGUUAUAUUAUAUAAUUAUUUAGAAUGUCACAUUACUUGUUUAGAGUGUUAAAAUAAUAGUGAAUGCACAUCAUGUAGAUAAACAACUAGACAUUUAGAUGAAGAUUAAAAGAAAUGUUUAUGUAAUGAUGGAUAUUAUGAGACCAAUUAAUCAAAUUGUUAAUGUAUUUAAUUAUUAUAAAUUAUUAGAAUGUCAUUUAUCAUGUGAAACUUGUGUAACUAUCAAUACUAAUUGUUUAAGUUGUAUGAGUAUAUACUAAAGAACAUUAAAAAAUAAUAAAUGUCUAUGUAUUGAUGGAUAUUAUGAUGCAGGAAUAGAAUUAUGUUAAAAAUGUAAUAAUACUUGUAAGACAUGUCAAAAUUCUGCUUCAACUUGCCUAUCUUGUUAUGAAAUAGAAUAAAAUAGAUAUUAAUUAGGUGACAAAUGUUUAUGUAAAUCUGGAUAUUUUGAGUUAAACACAAAUAUAUGUUCAAGUAAUCUAUGUUUAUUUAUAUUUUAGAAUGUUCAAAUGAAUGUUUAACAUGUUAAGGCUAAGCUGAUUAUUGUACAAGUUGUGAUAUCAAUUCUAAAAGAGUUGAUUAAUCAAUUAUCCAUAAAUGUCCAUGUAUAAUUGGAUUUUAUCAAGAUCAAAAUUAGAUAUGUUAAAGUAAGUAUCUAUAACUAUAUUUUUAGAAUGUCAUAACAAAUGUUAAACUUGUAUAAAUUAGAGUGAUUAAUGUUUAAGUUGUAAGUUUGAAUUAAAUUCAAAUAGAAAUUCUUUAUCUGAUUAAUGUAAUUGUAAAGAAGGCUAUUUUGAUGAUGGAAUCUAAUUAUAAUGUUAAAAAUGCAAUCUUAAAUGUAAAACUUGUUUAAAUGAUUCAAUUAAUUGUGUAAUUUGUUCAAAUUCAAUACGAAUAAAUCCACCUACCUGUAAUUGCAUGGAUGGAUAUUAUGAAGAUGAAUAAUUCACUUGUUAAAGUACUUUUUAUUUUUAAUUAAGUUUGUGCUUAUUAAUGCAAUACUUGUGCAAUAUCACCUUAAAAUUGUUUAACUUGUAAACCAGAAAGAAUCGGGAAUGAUUGUAAAUGUACUGAUGGAUACUUUGAAUUCGGAUCUACAUUUUGUGAAUGUAUUUAAUUUCUUUAAUUUAUAUAGAAUGUGCAUUUAAAUGUUCUACUUGUAGUACAUAAGCUAUGAAUUGCAACUCUUGUAAAGGUAAUAGAAUUCAAGAGCCUUAAUGUAUUUGUCAACCAGGAUAUUUUGAUGAUCAAAUAAAUGAAGAUUGCUAAUUAUGUGAUAGUGCCUGUUUAGAAUGUAAUAUAAAAGGAUGUUUAUCUUGUAAUGCUAAUAGAAUAUUAAAUGAAGAAAUGGAUUGUGUUCCUCCGCCAAAUUCGAUUUGGUAUAAUGAUACCCCUUGGUGUUCAAGUAAAUUAAUCCUAAUAUUUCUUAUAGCAUGUGAAGUCGCUGUUGUUAAAGCAUAUUUAUCAGAUGAUAUUAGUAAGAUUAUUAUUCAUUUUGAUUUUCCAUUAAAUUCAAAAGGAUUUAAUUAAUAAUUCGAACUAAACAAAUGUUUGUAAUUAUUUGAGUUGAAAUCUUUAUAAAGUUUUGGUUAAAAUUCUUAAUGUUUCAUUAAUCCAGACAAUAAUCAUGAAUUGCUAAUAUCUUUAGGAGAAAACUCAAAAAUAAAUGUUGGAGAUGAAAUACUAUUUAUAAGUAAUUCUUUAUCUCAUAUCAAUUGUGAAACUACUUUAAACAAGUUUAUCUUUACAACAUUAUAAAUGCCAAUAAAACCAUUUGCUCCAUAAGUUGAAUAUCAUGUCCCUCUUCAUUAACUUAAUCCUUAUGCGGAAAACUCAGUUUAUUUGAAUUCAAUAAGAAACUAUGGAAAUAGAAAAUUGGAUAAUAUCAUUUGGAAUUUUUAAGUAGAAACAAACCAAGACAUCUAAGCAUUAAGUGAUUUCAUAGAUCAAAUAAAUUUUCUAUAAGAAUAUAAUUUAUUGAUACCAAAAUUUACAUUACCUAGUGAUGCCAUUCUAAAAUUUAAGAUCGAAUAUUAAAAUUUCAUCCAUAUUCAGUCAUAUUCAGAAUUUAUUAUAUAUACCCAUUCGGGAAAUCUACCAUAAAUUGAUAUUAGUGUAAAACCUUCAUAUUUUGUAUAUGAAACAAUUACUAUUGGAUUAUCAGCUGGCACUUUAUUUAGACAGUAUUAAGUAGACAAUUCUAAAUAUAUGGUCUAACUUAGUGAAAUUAAUAGACAUCCUAAAAAGUCGUCUCCUUCAAGAUUAAAUACAUCAUUAGAAACUAAUCCAUUUGAAAAAAUAUAAGCAAAUAUUACAAAAUAUACAUUAAGUCCAAAUUCAACUUAUACUUUCUAAGUCAUAGCAACUAAUUUAAAUACUAAUAAAGUACAAUAUUAAAAUUUGAGUAUUGAUAUUCCAUUUGCUGGAUUGAUAUGUUAAUUUAAUAACAGAGGAAUUUAAAGUAUAAGAAAAGAUUUAAAUCUUUAAAUAGAAUGCAAAGAUUUAGAUACAAAAUAUGAUUGGAAUAAUGAUCCAGAUUUGUAUAUUUAUGUAACUUGUAAGGAUUUAACAUUAAAUAAUUCUUGCUUAAACUAAUAAAAAUAAAUGAUUAAUGUUAAUGUAACUGAUUCAGUUUAAUUCAUCAAGAAGAAUACAAUUUCUGUCUUUACUGUAUAGGAAUGGUCAGUAACAGUAAUCAAAUUCUAAUAAACUUAAAAAUUUAAUUAAAUUAUUGUAUAUCUUGAAGAUGAUUUCCCUGUUUUAGAUUUAGAAUUCAAUUAGGGUUAUUUAAUGAGAAAAGUAAAUAAUUAUGAAUAACUUAAUUUUACAUUCCUAAUCCCAUUUAAUUAAAAACCCUUUUUAUUAGAUUUAUCAAUAGCAAUCAUAUAUAACUAUUAAAUAAUAGAAAUACUUUAACCAAAAUACAUUUCUCAUCAAUUUAAAUUAUUUAAUAGUAUUAAAGAGUUAAACUUUGGUGAUAGCAUCAGUCUUAAACUUACAGCAUAAUAUACAAACAAUAUAAUGCCUAGUCUAAAUACCAUAAAACUUAAUAUAAAUUAACCUCCCUUCUGUUCUAAAUUAAUUAUUACGCGUUCAAAUGAUUUAGCACUUACAAAUAUGAUGGUUGCCACUAGUUGUGAAUAAUCAAAUGAUUCUCCAUAUAAAUAUUAGCUUAGAGUAUUUUUGAGAGAAUCAGAUUUAAUAGAUUUUUUGAAGGGAUCAUCAGAUGAUUCCUUAAUUCUUUAUUCAUUUCAGUAUUAAACUCAAUUUUAAAUUUAAAUUCCUACUUCUGUCGAUUCUUCAAAAAUUGGACUUUUGUUAUAAGUGCUUGACAGUGGAGGAUCAAUAACUAAUAUUUAUGAAAUGAUAACUUCAAAACCUGCUAUCAUAAAUUGCUCUUAAAUAUAAUUUUAAAAUUUGAAGUUAUAAAACAAGUUAUCAUUGUUAUUUGAAGCUAUGAAUUAAAAAUGUAAUGAUUUACAUUACUAAAUUUAUCUUGAUUUGCUUUACUAAUAAAUUCUGCCAGAUUAAAAUCAUAAUAUGCUUAAAUUUUAGGCUAUAAAAUUAUAUAAGUAAUUUUUAAUUUAGUAUGGGUAAAGCAAACCUUAAACUAGAUUAUUAAUUGAAGCAAAUUAAAAAAAAUGUUAUGAUUUAAAUUCUAGCCAUUUAUUUAUUACAUAAAAUUCUAGUGAGAGUGAUGUUAAUUUAUCAAAAAAGAUAGACGACUUAAAAGAAAACAUCCAUAAUUUGGACAUAGUUCUAAAUUAUUUUAGCAGCAUUAAACAAUAAUGUGAAGAGAACCUAAAAAUACAUUAAUAUUUAUGGGAUGAAGAAAUCUUCCAAUAAUAUUAAAAUUCCUAGGAUAGCUUAAUAAAUCUAUUAUACUUUUUAGAUUAAAUAUAUUCAGAUUUUUCACAAGUAAACAUAAUAAAUAAUGUAAUUUAUGAAAAAAUUUCUGAAUUGUUACAAUUUAUUACUUUGAUUGCAGAGGAAGCAUAAAAUACAAUUAUCGUAAACGAAAAGCCUUUAAUUAUUUAAGGCAAAGAGAUCUUAUGGUAGAUGAAAAGAAGAACCAAAUAGAUAUUUAAUCACUAAUUUAAUAUUCAAACAACUGAUGAAGAUUAUCUAAUAGAUUUUAUUCAAUAUGAAUCUACCUAUCUUAAAACCAAUCCUAUAAGAUUUACUCAAGAUCUAGAUAAUAUACUCUAAUCAUAAUUUGAUGACAAAACAAUAAAAAUUUUCCUCGAAAAUUACUACUCAAUUAAAUUGAAAAAUUUAUAUCACAGUAGAUUUCUAAUAUUUGAAGAUUUUUCAGCUUCAUACACUCUAAAGUUUGGAUCAUAUUAAGUUUGUUCAGAAAACAGUGUAAUAUUAUAAAAAUACCAAAUAUUAUGUAUAAUAAAAACAACAUUUGGAAAAUUUUAUAAAUGUAUUUUAAAAAGUUAAUUAAUUGAUGACCAUAUUGAAUUAACUUGUGAAUGUAAUAAGUUUGGUGAAAUUUUUUUAACAACAUCGACUAAUUUUAGUUAUGGAAUUGAAAACCAAACUACUUAAUCAAUAUUUUAGCUUGAUAUUGCUUCCAGACCUGAGGAAUAUUUGGUUUUAAUAAUUUUUACAAGUUCUUUGACAUUUUUUUUUAUGGCAACAUAUUUUAUUAAUCUAUUUAGGGAUUAAAAAAAUAAGGAAGAAAAGUUAGAUACUGAACCAAAUAGCAUAAAUUCACCUCAUAAUUUAAAUAACAAAUCACUUCUGUAUUCUGGUAAUUUUAAACUUUUCAAGCAAAAGUUCAAAGUAACUUUUAAAAGUAUAAUUAGUUCAUCCAUUAAACCGUAUCCUUAUUUUAUUAUAAAGACAAAAACAUUCAUAUAAGCUAUAGAAUUUUAGAUGUUGUUUCAUAAUUCAAUUUAUAAUUAACUUUGGUAAUACUUGAAUGUUUUUUAUUAAAUAAUUAAGCUAUUUUCAUAUGUAUAUUCAUAAUAACAAACCCUAUACUUAUUUUUAUUUUGAGAAUUUUAUUCAAGAUCAUGGAAGCAAUUUAUAGAUUUGGAAGAAUUGCUAGUGCUGUUAGUUAGUCCUUUUUAAUAAUACUUUUGGUGCUUCCGAAUCUAAUCCUAAUUAUUCUUUACUAAUACAGGUAUCAUAUUAUAUUAAUUUAGUAUCAUAUUGAAAUCAGAAUAUUAUGUUUUUUACAUAAUUUACUUAGGGAAUACUAUAAUAUCAUAAGUUCUUAUAGAACCAAUAACAAUCUUUAUCAGAAUAUAUAUUUAUAGGUAGAUAUCUUCUAGUUUAAAAAAUAUGGAUCUUAAUCCGAAGUAUCAUUUAAUGCAUUUUUUCAUAAUACAUAGCUGUUUAGAAGAUAUUUUUGAAGAGUUCACAAGGAUUUGA